UGCGAAAGCGCAAAAAAAGUGUACUGUUGGCUAGAGUUAAUCCUUCAACAUCGAUUGACCUAACCUAACACGGGUCGUCCCUAACCUAACCCAACCUGAACUGUGGUAGUGUCUGAUGUCUCUCCUUUUUUAUCUCUCUAUCUCUUUUUUUUCUCAGAAAUAUUUAAUCAGACGAUUAAAUAGGAGAAAAUGGAAGAGAUCAAGGACAGGCCGUGAUUCACUCUCGAUUGAGGUUAAUUCACGCUGCAAUAUGAAGAGGCGGCGAUUAUUGUUAUCGCAAAAUAUAGACGUUCGUGCAGAGAAAAGAAUAUCAUGUGGCACUGUGUCGUGUGUGUACUCGAGGAUGACAGAUACCCUGAGAUAUUAAUUGACGAAGAAAGGAAACACUGUAAACAGCCGAGUCUGAGAUAUCGGGUCCGAAGGUAAUUAGUAACGAAUGUCCACCGCAAGCCUGUGAAGCAUGUUCGGAUCACUACGUAGCAAGUUUCAAACAGUGCAAGAAGGUAUAUCCGCUAGUAUACGGGGGCUGUCGAGUACCGAAAGCCCAAAGAGUAAAAAAUCAAUCAAUGUGCGGAAUGUAAAUUACGAUGCUGGUGCAGAUAUAUUGCAUCGCUUCCAGUUACAAUGGAACGAGCUUCACGAGCUCGCGGAAGAGAAUGCGGGGAAAGCUCAGGCGGCAGAUACACUGGUGUCCGGCAUUUACGAAAAGCUUCAGCAUGAGUGGAACAGUGUCACUUGUCUGAAUAGCACCCUAGCUUACAUUCCAAAGAUUAACAAUGCUAUUCAAGAUCUUAUGGACCAAAUAGGAAAUCUGCAAGAGAUGUUUGAGGAAGUUGAAGGGGCUUUAUAUCGACUGGAAGACCUCAAUGAAAUGUUAGAUUUACAAAAUAGACAGUUGGAACACAGGUUUCAGCUGGCUAUGUACAAAGAGAAGAAAUUGCUAGAAUUAAAUAAUUUUAAAGCAAAAUUAUCUAAUGAGCACAUUGAAAGAAUCUCGCAACACGAGUUGAAACAGCAAAAGAAAUUGAAAGAACGGCGGGAAACUUUCGAAGAGGUUUUCAAGGAAGAUCUUGAGGAGUACAAAGCAACUGGAUCUAUACCAAAGUUACCGCUUUCCCCACAAGGUCCUUCUUUGGAUGAGAUAGUGUUAGACAUUGAUACAAAAAUAUUUGACGAAUUUUUAGAUAAUUAGAAGCAAAGGGAUCACGAUGUGGAUGUCUAAAAAAGCGUUACUACAACUAUGCCCCUUAUUUCAAGAUCCUACACGUGAUGGAAAAUAAUUUUUUUACCACAUUUCUUACGAUUAGAUAUUAGGGCUGUGACCUGACAAUUCAAGUUUUUUAAUAUGAUAUAAUAGCAGAGUAUAAUUUUUUUUUAUAUAUAUAUAUAAAUGCUCCCAUGAUCUUGUAUAUACCAACGUCUAAACUCCUUUUGAAAAUUUAAUAGAACU